UCACCACUCACCAUGCUCAAUGAAAUAGUUGAAAUGAGUUGAAAUGAAUUGCAACAAAUUCCAUGAUGUUUAGUAAAACAAGCUUCUCAUGGAAGCGUAAACGAUGUAAAAAUGUGUCAAAUUCACUCCCAGCAUCGUUCUCAGCAGACGACGACGUAGUAAAUGAACCUUUGAUCGAAGAUUGGCGUUCUCUGACGAAGAAAUCUAAACAUCAACAGGCCCUGCUUGAAGAUCGCAUUACAAAAGGCAUUCGCUUGAAAAACGAAGGCAUCGCUCUGGCUGAGCUGCAAAGAUAUUGGGAGUCAAUAAGAAAGUGGAAUGAAGCUAUUCAACUCGCCCCUGACGAUGAUGUACUUCAUGAAAUGAAAGCUCAGGUUCUACUUGAAUUGGACGAAAUCUUCCCAGCAAUUCAGGAGGCAGAGAUGGCUGUGUCCCUCAACCCAAGGUGCCCAAACUCUUUUCAGACUCUUGGUCGUGCGCAAGUCGCAUUUGGUGAAAUUGAAAUGGCAAUUAUCAAUUUCUCAAAAGCCUUGCACGCUAAACCGGAUUCCGACGAGAUACGGAAUGAAGAUCUCAGCUGGGCUUUAGAUCUGAGAAAGGAGAAAAACGAAAGAGAAAGCAGUGAUGCCACGCCACGUAGCCAAGAAAACCCACCAUAAAUGUUCGAAACUUGCAUCGCUGAUGCCCUCGUCCCUUCUAGAAAGUCCCUCGGAUGAAACAAAGCUUUUGAAAUUUCUUUGGCGAGGAAUUCUUAUUGAACCAAAUGCUGCAUGAAGACUACCUUGUAUCAAGGUUUGAAGUAGUUACGGUGUUAAUCUGUGAAAGAUACAUAAUUCCUAAUUUCUUUGGCAAGGAAUUCUUAACCAACCAGAUGCUGACGACUACAAGGUUUGAAGUAGUUAGUAGUAGUUAGCGUUAAUCUGUGAAAAAUGCCUACAGCAUAUUCAUGCUGGAAGAUUCCUUGCAGAAAACAACGAAAAAUUCGUUGUCGUGCAUGUGCGGAGUCUGAACCUCAAUUCUGUUAGACGUCACACUACGAUUAGCCUUUUUCAUAAUGAAGAAUAAUCGCCAUUUUCGGCAUCUCUUUCAGGUCUCGUACGACCAAUGUGUAGCGAUGACAAAAUUUUUAAAAGCUAAUUGUGAAAAAUAGUUAUUCGUUUAUUGUAAAAAAUUGCUUUUCAAUUUUCAGCAUGUAAUUGUUUACACCCGCCAUAGAAAAUCAAAGUACCCUCAAAAUGGUAUAUUCAUGAAAUGAAAAGGGCUGAUUAAGCUAUCAGGAAAAUAGAAUUUCAUGGUAGUAUGAAUUAGCCAAUAUUAAGACACGGAGAUAUUUUCGUGACAACGCUUGUCAGGAAAGAAUCGGAGUGUGUUACUUCUGUUUCGGAUUUUUCUAAAGUGGGAAAUAUGAAAUUCAUAUCACCCCUAUGCAAAACAACCGUCUAUCAUUUUUUAAAUCGCUUGAGGAUGAUUCUGAGAUAGUUGUGCAUGAUGUUAUUGCAAGGUGCUGUUCGGUUCGGUUCGGUCGUUUUUUCAAAUUCAUUGACAAAAAGCGGUACAUGUCUCAUGGAAUGCAACUUUUAUUUUUUAAUGGACCUUUCCCCUUUUAUCUUUCACACGCGCAAUGUGCGACAGUAGUUGAUUAUCAAGCAACCUUCAGUUGCGAAAAAUAUAAAAUUCGAAAAAUUCGUUGAACCUUCGCGAUGAAUAUUAUAAAAUUCAUGCUGCUUCAUAUAUUAAAGAAACAAGUUGUUGGCUAAAAAUCUUUCGAAAAACUGCACGCUAAAAUUCUUCUCCAUAUACACAUACAUGCAUUCCUAAUUGCAAUAUUACAAAUAAUUGUUCCAUGCGAAUUCAAUUAAGGGAUCGAAAGCUUCAUCCAUCAUGCAUGCAGGAAAUUCGCAAAUCGUAGCCAUUGAGAAACGGCAAUUACAUGAUUAAAUGUGCUCCACAAUUUGCGUGCUUGCCUUGCACACAUAAAUCCAUUGAUCUCCAACAGUGACACAACUUAUUUUCUAUAUCUCUAAACAAUGUCAGUAUAGCCUUCAUUGCACCAUUUGAUUAAAUGCAUAAAUGCUUCUGAUGCAUAAGUUUUUUUUUCGAAUUCAAAGUUCAGGUCGUUGUUGCUCUUUGCUAUCGGAUCCUGUCAUUUUUUGUGAUAAUGUAUCUAAGACCUCCAUCAAUCAUCCCAUUUACCUCGAAAGUUGACGAGGGUUUCAACUUCUCUGCACCUUCUACGUAAAUAAUCAUGGCAUUUAAUCGACCUAGAGCUGAACGAAUGACUAAAUUUAACUUUUCUUUUUGUUUGUGGUAAUUUUUCCUCGAUCUUUCGGCUUCUUUUUGUUUCCGAUCCAUUUUGAUUUGACUUUGGUUAAUUUCACAAACCCUUUUUUAUGCGAGCAGGGAUGGCUAAAUUAUAUCAUAUGAUCUGUUCUUGAUUUUUCUUGUUUUUCUUUUACACUACUGACGUCCCUCAAAAGAGGUAUCGAAGUUCAUGAUGGCUUCUUCAACCAUCUUCUCCUCCUCUACUGUUUUUUCAGCGCUGUAUGCCGCUUCAAAUUUGAGAACGACGCCAAAGUCCUCACUAAGCAUGAGGAGUAAAAGAGUAAAACUCCUUCAGCUUCUCCGACUCCAACUUUUUCUGUCUCCUUCUCUCUCUCUCGUUUGGCUGCACGUUGCUUUGGGUUCUCCAUCGAGGAUGAGAUUGGUUUUCUCUCCUUCCAAGCAUGCGUUUAAAAUGCACUUGGUGGUAUAGGCCCAACUAACGUUUGAUUCUCGGCAGUGUUGAAAAGGUGAGGGAAAUAACCCUUUGCAAGUUCAGUCGAUAUCUUAAUUAUCAUUAAGCAGUCACAAUUAUUUAGUCUUAUUGCACAUGGCCCGUCAGAAAUCCUUUUUUUUUAGAGUUUGCAUGUCUUAUUACAUUCUAGUUAUGAACGGAAAUCUGUCCUAGCUGAAACACAAGAAAUGG